UUUAAGUAAAUGAACAUUUCAUUGAGACGAUCUGUUUACAGUAGAUGAAACGUGAAAUGAUUCUCUCCACUUAUAAAUUAUAAACAUAACAUUACUUUAUUUACUUUAAGCUAAAAUGGCUGCCGGAGAGGGAAAUAGUACUCUCUCCAUGCGUGAGAAAGCUCUUUUGAAGCAUCACAUUAAUAAACAACAUAAUAGUAACUUUAAAGCCGGAUAUGUUCCAAUCUAUGAACCUUAUUUGCAUAAAACUGGUCUCAGAGGAAGAAAGGGAAUGCUAUUUUAUGCUCUAGUUAUUUUAUUGUUUAUCAUAGCACUUGCUAAUCUUGCUGUUACUGUGUUGCUGUUGAGUGUUCUAAGAAUAGGAUAUGGGAUGGAAAGUAUGGAGUUUAUUCGACCGGGAUUGCUGCUUCGUUUUCUUCAUCAUGCAGAUAUGGGAAGAGUUUUAUCAAGUUCCGGUAUAAUUGGUGGUUUUGCUGAGAAAGAUCUUCCAAUUAUUGGUGAUUCUCAACCAGUAAUACUUCAUGCUACCAGUAAAGGUUUUACAUAUGCUGAUGGAAAAAAUACUGGUCCUAGUAUGGAAGUUGGUCCAGACUGGACUUUGAUAUCUGAUGUAGAAGAAUUUAGAGUGAGGAGUCCGUCAACUGGACAAACCAUCUUUUCUACUAAAUAUCAAGAUUUUAAAUUACCUGCAGGUAUUCCCAACUUAUAUGUUAAAGAAGCCCAUGUUUCCAGAAUUACAAGUGGAACAAAUCAGUCUUUGGAAGUAUCCUCUCCAUAUCAAGUCAUGCUAAAGGGAAAUGAAGGAUUAACAGUGGAAGGCAAAGAGAUUAUAUGGGUAGCUGGUCAAGAUUUACAUUUUAAGAGUGUGAAUCAGAGCAUUAUACUGGAUGGACGUCUCGGUGUGAUGAUCCCCGUAGACAAAAUACCAUUAGCUGCCGAACCACAAGACAACUCUCCUCGCUGGUAUAAAGUUUGUGUUUGUGUACCCAGUGGACGGAUCUUUCGUGUUCCUGUUCGAGAUCAUGGAUAUGGUUGCCACGAUGUACGUUUUCCAGAAAGUAUCAAUCCGUGUACGUAAUUUAUGACUGUAAACAUAAAUAAUAUGUGAUAGAGCAAUAUUGAAAUUUAUUUGUUCCAGAAAUGUAGAUAGAUACUCGUAUAUAUAUGUUUGUAUGUAGUGGUUUUAAAAUUAUAGACCUGGUUAAAGUUUCAAUGCAAAAUUAGUAUAUUCAGAGUAACAAGGAACAAAUUUUGCAUAAAGUUUUUAUUCUAUAUGAAAUAGUUGCAUCAAGUAAAUUCAUAAGUGGUAUUUUCAGGUACAGAAUGGUUUUAUAUCAUUGUUAUUGAUGCAUAUUUUAAUAUUUAUGUUGAUAUUUAAAUUAUUUAGCAUUUUAAAUUGAAUAAUAAAAUAAAAAAUAAUGAGUCAUUGAACAAUAAUUUAAAAAAGUAAUUCAGUAACAAAUUCUGUUACAAAUUUUGACAACACAGUAGACCAGUGGUUUCACAACCUUUCACAACAGCUCAGUAUUGUAACAAGUUUUUAGAGGUGUUGCAAGAUUUCCUGAUAACAAUUGAUUUAUAAUUUAAUAAACUGUUGGAUGUAUUACUCAAAUCUAAGUAAGCCAGUUAUAGUGCCAGCUUCAAAAAAUGGUUCAAACAGAAUUUACUGUUUGACUGCUCAUUGUACCUUUCUCGAGUGGCUAUAAAUUUUCUGUUAUACUGUAA